AUGGUGGACCUGGUUUCAUACUUGCUAUCUAAGUUAAAUGCUGAUCUUUUGAGUCUUGUUGUGGUUGUUUUACAUAGAAUUUGGUUAAGAAGAAAUAAGUUUAUUUUUGAUGGUCAGUUUGUUCCUCCUCUGAAGGUUUUUCUUGAAGCAUCCCAGCUGCUUGAAGACUUCAACAGAUGCAACCUAAGGGAGCCUUUCUUUUCAGUCUCCAAUGAUGACAGUUCUCGUUCUUGUUCGUUUUGGGAUCCCCCUGUGGCUGGCCUUGUGAAAAUCAAUUGGGAUGCCUCUUUGAAUAUUAGUUCUGCUGUUGUUGGUAUGGGAUGUGUAAUUAGAGAUGCUAAUGGUUUUGUCCUUGCAGCUAAAUGUGGUGUUUCCAGAGCUGUGGCAGAACCGGUCUGUGCAGAAGCUAUGGCAGCUCUUUUUGCCCUGGAGUUCUGUAAUGACUUGGGUUAUGUGAAUGUAGUGAGUGAGGGUGACUCUUUGCAAGUCAUUAAAGCAAUUACUGAUUCAGAAUAUCACCUCCAUAAAAUUGGCCAUUUCCUGAAAGCAAUCAAUCAAAGAGCUAAUGAUUUCUCUGUCUGUAAAUGGAGCCAUUGUGCUAGAGAUGCCAAUGAAGUGGCACACCUCCUUGCUAGAAGGGCUGCUUUUUCUGGUCUUUGUAAUGUAUGGACUGAAAAUAUGCCUCUGUUUAUCUCUUCUGUUUCUUUUAGAGACCUCUUAGUCUCUAGACUGUAA